AUCCAAAACAAAAAUAUAAUGCUAAUUGUUCCAAAAAAGAGCAAACCAUUCGAAUUUGAUUCUAAAUGAACUUAAUGGAAACGAUGACUUUAUGUGUGUGUUUUUAUUCAAUGUAAAAAAGGACAUUUUUAAGUUUGUCUUUUGUGACGCUUUACAUCUUUUAUGCUAAAUGACUCUUUUGUAUCGCGUUUAAAAAAAAGAAUUAAAAUUUAAUCGAAAAUUUCGUGUUCUUACCAAAAUUAACAACAACAACAAACAAAUCAGAUUUUCAAAAUUCAAUUUUGGUCCGCAUCGGCUGAACAUUCAGCUAAUUGAAAAAAUUAAAAAAAAUUCGAAAGAAAAAUAAACAGUUUGCAGUAACCAGAAACAAUUGACACCAUCAAACGGGCACCACUUGUUUAAACACAGUGUAUCGAUUAAGUGUGAAUAGAAAAAAAAACUUUCGACAGCGAGAAAAACUUUUUGCCACAAAAAAGCACAAGAAUAAUAAUAAUAAUAAAAGAACACUUUCGGUCAAAAUUCAUUUAAAAAAAGAUUGAUUUUAUCUAAAAUGCACGCAAAAACCACCCAGAUAAUAUAAAAGUUCGAAUUGAAAUUGUGAAAGAGACGAAAAAGAGGUUGAUCAUAUUACAAAAAAAAGAAGAUCUGCCAACACAUCAUUAGAAGCGGAUUAAGAAGACCCGUAUAGCAAACGACAAAUAAAAAAGCGAAGAAAUAUCAAAGCGUCGAGAAUUUGAUUAGUAGAAGCGAUCCAUCCGAAUAAAACGAAAGCCAUCGUUCGAUCUCCUCUCUCAUUACAAACACACUCAAACGCAUCCAAAAAAAAAAAAAAAAAUCGCCGUCAUCCAGUGGAACGGCUUCAACGCAUUCGUUAUUUAUGGAUAGCUGGACGGGUGACGCCCGACUGGCGAGAUACUUUCAAUAAGCAGCGUGAGCUGUCUCCGACAUGGGCAGUGAGCAUUACUGCUUGAGGUGGAACAAUCAUCAAUCCAACCUGUUAGGGGUGUUUAGUCAAUUAUUGCAGGACGAGAGUCUAGUGGAUGUUACAUUAGCUUGUUCAGAAGGUGCAUCAAUCAGAGCUCAUAAGGUGGUCCUCUCGGCCUGUUCAUCAUAUUUCCAGAGCCUAUUUUUGGACCACCCUUCACGGCAUCCAAUUGUGAUAUUAAAAGACGUACGAUUUGCUGAACUCCGAACGUUAAUCGAAUUCAUGUACAAAGGUGAAGUAAAUGUACAAUACUGUCAGCUUUCUGCUCUGUUAAAAACAGCAGAAUCGUUGAAGGUAAAAGGUUUGGCCGAGAUGACUAACCAAAGCUCAGCAUUGAGAGAACCAGAACGAGAACAAGACCGCUUAAGACCCCCAACAUCAAGCCCACAGAAUUUAGAUGCUACUGCAACAACAACAACAACAAAUUCAAGUUUAAAACGAUUGAGAUGCAGUCCGUCACCGCCGAGGCAUCAUCAGCCACAACAACAAUCGCCCCUACAAAUCCAUCGAAUUUCGCCGAUUUCAGAACGUCACCAUGGGAGCGGUGAAUCACCUCCCAUAUCCUCUUAUCCGCGUAAAUUAAACAGAGAACGAGAACGAGAUUAUAAUCCGGAAACUGGUGCCGACGAUCAUUCACAACCGCUUAAGCUGAGACGAAAAGGACAACACCACGACGAUAACAAACCAUCCGAUUAUACGUCUUCAAUUGAUGGUCGCCGAUCACGAACACCCGAUGAUAUCGAUGAAAUGGACGAAGAUGAUGAUGGAAUGUCAAAUGAUCUGAAUGAAACGGGAAUCAACAUGACGAUAAACUCUUCUAAUUCAAUGAAUUCUGUGCCACCGAUUCGAAAGAGCUCAUCGCCAACGCAACCAUCAAACGUCAAUUCGUCAUCAAAUCAAAUGCAACAGCCUCCACCAAACUCGUCUGCCUCUUCUUUAAUCACUUCAAUGAUUCAAGUCGGGAAUGGAAAUGGUUCAUCUGCAACGGGAAACGGAACAUCGUCCGGCAGUGGAAGUGCAACAACAACAUCAACAUGCACGUCAACAUCAAGCGGUUUGAUUGCAACCAGUAGUGGAAUUACUAGUCCAAUGUUAAGUGAUCCAACACUGUCCACCGAACCGAUAGCUGGACCGUCUGGUUUGGGACCUGUUCAAUCACAUCCGCUGUCGCUGAAAAAAGAAGUUGACUGGGAUCGUUCGGAUGAUAAAUCAACUGGUGACUCAAUAUCGGAUUACCGUGGCCAUGUCCACGAUUCGAUGGAAGAUAAUGAUCUUCGUUCAAGUUUGCCGUCACUUUUGCACAUGUCGCCUGGUUUGAGCAAAAGUUUGAGCGCACCGCCGACUCCACCAUUCGGAUAUCCACUGUCAGCUUUGGGCAUUGGUCUAUUUGAUGCUGAUCCGUCCAGACUACUGAGCAUUCUACAUCAUCAAACAUUGUUGGCCGAAGAGGCAUUACGUAGUUAUCGCGGAAUACUACCGUCAAAAGAGUCAAGCUCAAGUUCACCGAAUCCAUUGUCAUCGGCAUACUUUCGCAUGAAUCCAACAUUUGAUUUGCUGUUCAAAGGACAAGAGCAGCUCUUAAAACAGGCGAAUUCAUAUAAAAAUUUAAAUCGUUUCACAUUCAAUGCUCAAGAUCGACGCCAGUCGCUCAGUCGCCAGCAAUCUCCACAAAUUGAGAUAACAUUGUCGAAGAAAAGUUCACAGUCACCGUCACCAUCCAUGAAGAAAACUGAAGAAACCGUCCAAAAUUUAAGCAUGACCGUGAAUGAUGAAGACAUACCCGAUGAUGACGAUGAAUUGAAUGCGGCUGCUAAAAUUCCGCUCGACGAAAUUCUCGGAAAAAGUUCCUUUCUUAAGGAUUCGCUUCGUUUUAAUUGCAAUGAAACGACAUCAUCGGAUUGUUCAUCGAUUGAAGAAGAGACCAAGUGUGUUGUGUGUAAUGCAAAUUUCCCGUCGGUUUGGUUGCUGGAACAGCAUGCAGCAUUGCAACAUGCCAAUCUCGGUCCAAUGGAUGAAAAACCGUUUAUUUGCGAGCAAUGCGGUCAAUCGUAUCGUUAUCGGUCGGCAUACGUGAAACAUCGCGAACAAAAUCAUCGUGCCCGUUUGCCGGCUGAUAAAUUAUUUACAUGCGAUGUGUGCGGAAUGCAAUUUCGAUAUUUGAAAUCGUUCAAAAAACAUCGUUUGAACCAUGCUCUUGAGCGUUUGCACGGUAAAUUUGAACGACGUUUUGGUCAAACACUUGGUGACAAUCGAAAAGAACGCGACAGCACCGCUGUCAGCAGUAACAAUGAAACGAAUAACAAUGAAAUGGUGACCAGUUCAAAUGAAUUAACCGAAGAAAUGACUGACAUUACAUUCGCAAUAAAAACGGAAGAAGAAGACGACGAGGAACCGGACAAUGUUGCUCAUUCACCGAUUGUUAAUAAUGACAAUGAUAUGAAUACUCCAACCAAUUUAUCAAUGGCCAACACCAUUUUGAGCAAUGUGAUUAAGGCCAAAUUUGAUAAUGCGGACAAACAAACACACAUUCCAGAGAGACCAAUUUCGCGUGGGGAGAAUUUUACACUAAAGCAACCGACAAGAUUCAUGCCGCAUCUUCAUAAUCCAAACUCAUCGUUGAAUUUACAUUUUCAACAACAGCCAUCGGUGGUGGCGUCACCACAACAACCACUUCAUCAAAUGCAUCAUCUUCGUCACAACGAACCAGAAACCUCAACUGCAAUACCAUCUACCUCAACAAUAAAUAGUUUAAUAAAUGCUGAACGUAUUCCAAGUAAUCAGAUGCUCGGCUUAAACGCCCAAGAAGCUUCCAUUCUGAACUUCCUGCGUGUUGAUGCCGCCGAAAAGCAACGAGAUCGAAGCCGCUUUGCUUGUCCGUUCUGUGGAAAAUGUGUUCGAUCGAAGGAAAAUUUGAAGCUACACGUGCGAAAGCACACUGGAGAGAGGCCAUUUGUGUGCCUAUUUUGUGGCAGAGCAUUUGGAGGAAAAUCGGAUUUGACACGUCAUUUGCGUAUCCAUACUGGUGAAAGGCCGUACCAUUGCGAAUCGUGUGGCAAAUGCUUUGCCCGUGCUGAUUAUUUGUCAAAGCAUCUUACGACGCAUGUACAUAAUUCAACGCCACGCUGAAAUGAGGGACGGAGGCGGCGAAUCCUCCACAACAGAUAAUAAUAUUCGUCAGAAAAUCUAAACGAAUUCCGAGGGGCAGCCAGUAAGUAAUUUACGGAUGGCCUGGUUUGCCAAUCGAAUUCAACCAUUUAUAUAAGCAAAACAAAGACAAAGCUCAUCGAACAAAAUAAAUUCUCAAAACGAACAAGGAAAAUUUAAAAAAAACACAAAUUGGAAAUUUAAAAUAUGUCACA